CAUUGAGUAUGUUUAUUGCGGGAACCACCAAUGACCUUGUUGGGUUUCAGGUGUCCGUUUCAGAUCUCUACUUUGGGUAGGGUGUUUGCAGCUAGGUUUCACGUGGGAACAUGUAGUGCGUCAUAUAAGUUGGUUGGCAAUCCUUACAACGAUGAAACGGUGGAAACUGCCCUUGAGCAGAUAACAAAGCGACUCUUGUUUUCAGAAAUACUCAAAGGCCUAUCAAUUACUCUUGGCAUGGUGUUCAAGGAACCCGCAACUCUAAAUUAUCCUUUCGAGAAAGGGCCUUUGAGUCCUAGAUUUCGAGGUGAACACGCUCUCCGUCGAUAUCCUAGCGGUGAAGAGCGCUGCAUUGCAUGCAAACUCUGUGAAGCUAUAUGUCCUGCACAAGCCAUUACAAUAGAAGCAGAGCCAAGGGCUGACGGGAGCAGACGAACGACAAGAUACGAUAUUGAUAUGACGAAGUGUAUUUACUGCGGUUUCUGUCAGGAGGCUUGUCCUGUGGACGCAAUCGUCGAGGGACCGAAUUUCGAAUAUUCUACUGAAACGCACGAAGAGCUGCUUUAUAACAAAGAAAAGUUAUUGCAGAAUGGUGAUCGAUGGGAAGUUGAAAUUGCAGAGAAUCUGAAAGCAGAUUAUGUGUAUCGUUAAGAUGUUGAACAGAUUGGCUGUACAGGACUACUGGAAUAAGUUUGAUCAUUUCAUCUUCAACUAGUUUGCAGUAAUUCAUUUUGAUCAUUAGAUUUUUCAUCCAACUUUGAAACCGCAUAGUUAACUCAUAGGCAAACAAAUAUAUAAAAUAAAAUGCUUAUUUCACGG